AUGGACAAGGAACUCCAGAAGAAGGCGAUGUUCAACCUCAGCACAUUGAAACAAGGGAAUAAAACUAUCAAUGAACUGCUUGCAACAUUUGACCGUUAUCUGAUGGAAGCCGGCCAACAGAACCAGCCCGACAACAUGAAGAUCUUUCGGUUGGAAAACACCCUCAAUGAUGAUAUAUUCAAUUGGCCUGUUAACGCACCUACCUGCAAUACAUUUAGCGAAUACUGUGUUCAACUCCAGGGAAUCUAUGAUAGGCAUCAGAAAUACCAACAGCGCUCUGCAGAACACCGACGUCCCCCUAAUCGACGGGCAACCACACCCAUGUUUCCUCCUCCAGCAGCCUCCCCCACGGCUACUCCUACCCAAGGCGAACCCAUGGACUGGGAGCCCACCAUUUCUCGUGCCUGA